AUUACAAGAAAUUCACGUGUGGUAGUCGGCCGCUUGCACAGUUUUCUCAAAACGACGUCAGCAAAAACUAUUUGUGCACCGAGCCAAAGGAACAUUCAAUUAAAUACUCAGCCAACUCUAAAAGUCGACAUGUCCAAGUACGAGACCGUUGAGAAGGGAGCCAAGAACUCGCCCAGCUACAGCCUUUAUUUCAAAAAUAAAUGCGGCAAUGUCAUCUCACCGAUGCACGACAUUCCAUUGUACGCCAAUGAGGAGAAGACCAUCUACAACAUGGUUGUGGAGGUUCCACGUUGGACCAACGCCAAGAUGGAGAUCAGCCUGAAGACGCCCUUGAACCCCAUUAAGCAGGACAUCAAGAAGGGCAAGCUGCGCUUUGUGGCCAACUGCUUCCCCCACAAGGGUUACAUUUGGAACUACGGUGCCCUGCCCCAGACCUGGGAGAACCCCGACCACAUUGAGCCAUCAACGGGCUGCAAGGGUGACAACGAUCCCAUUGAUGUCAUUGAAAUUGGCUACCGUGUGGCCAAGCGUGGCGAUGUCAUGCAGGUCAAGGUCCUGGGCACCAUUGCACUCAUCGAUGAGGGCGAAACUGAUUGGAAAAUCAUUGCCAUUGAUGUGAACGAUCCGCUGGCGUCGAAGGUCAACGAUAUUUCCGAUGUGGAUCAGUACUUCCCCGGCUUGCUGCGCGCCACUGUUGAAUGGUUCAAGAUCUACAAAAUCCCCGAUGGCAAGCCAGAGAACCAGUUUGCUUUCAACGGUGACGCGAAGAACGCUGAGUUCGCCACCUCGAUCAUUGCCGAGACCCACAAGUUCUGGCAGACUCUGAUCAAUCAGAGCAGUGUGGGCGACCACUCAAUCUCUUGCACCAACAUUACCAAUCGCAAUUCCGAAUUCGUCGUCCCCAAGGAGGAGGCUGACAAGCUGUUUGCCGAGGCACCAGAGGGUGGCCAGGUUGAGGAAGAGGUCGACACAGUCGACACUUGGCAUUUCAUUCAUCUCAAGUAAUGCGAUGGUGCUGCAGCUUGAUUUCUGAUAUCAUACUAAUGUGAAGACUUUUUUGGCACUUGAAAUGUUGAUUAUGGAGAGAGUAUAUUGAAGUUAUAAUAAAGUUUUGCACCGCAAGUAAAAAUCAC